CGGUUAUAGUGAAACAACAUAAACCCCAAAAACCCUAAUACCCUCUGGUUUUCCACCCCUUUCUCUUCUCAUCAGCUUCCGCAGCAUUAAACAAUCACACAGAGCCGAAGAUGGUUGGAGACAAGGCAAAAAAGUUGAAAGUCACCGAAAAUCCCGAAGAGGUCGAUGCUGAACUCAUCCUCUCCAUCGAGAAAUUGCAAGAGAUCCAAGACGACCUCGAAAAGAUCAAUGAUGAAGCAAGUGAUAAGGUUCUGGAGAUUGAGCAGAAAUACAAUGAGAUAAGGAAACCGGUUUACGAUAAGCGAAAUGAGAUUAUCAAAUCUAUUCCUGAUUUCUGGUUGAAUGCUUUUUUGAGUCAUCCUGCUCUUAGUGAACUUUUGAACGAGGAAGAUCAAAAGGUAUUCAAGUAUUUGAGUUCUCUUGAGGUUGAAGACAAUAAAGAUGUCAAAUCUGGAUACACAAUCACCCUUAAUUUCAAUCCCAAUCCUUUUUUUGAGAAUUCAAAACUUUCAAAGACUUUUACUUUCCUCGAAGAAGGAACAACAAAGAUCACUGCUACCCCCAUAAAAUGGAAGGAGGGCAAGGAAAUACCCAAUGGCGUCAAUCAUGAGAAGAAUGGGAACAAACGGGCUCCUUGUGAUGACAGUUGUGGUAAUGAAUGCAGUUUCCUUAGUUGGUUUUCUGAUUCUGACCCCGAGCAGAAAGAUGAUAUGAUUGACCUUCAUGAUGAGGUUGCCGAAUUAAUCAAGGAUGAUUUAUGGUCAAAUCCGCUCAUUUAUUUUAACAAUGAGGAGCCUGAUGAAGAGGAUGCUGAUGAUGAAGCUGAUGAUGAGGUAAAUGAAGUUCCACUUUUCUUGGAAAAAAUAGAGGAAAAAGAUGAGGAUGACUCUGAAGAUGAGGAUGAGGAUGAGGGUGCCGACGAGGAAGGCAAUUGAAAAUCCAUUAUGGCGGUGUAGCCUGUUUUUUUUUCUUUCUUUCUGGUUUGAGUAUGUAUUAGGCUUUGGGCGUGCAUACCAUGGCCUUUCUUUCAGGGCAUUAACUCAUGUCAGCAAGGGGAAUACACAGGCCAGUUAGUGGUUCUCUGAUCAUAAUUUAUUAAUUACCCUGUGAAGUUUUUUCUGCUAGUUUCAUCCAUUGCACAAUACACAUGGUAUAUUAGCUUUUUCUCUUGGGUUUUUGUUCUGAACUACAUAAGAAAAUUACUGCAGUUAUUGUAUAGCUGUUUGGGUAUCUUAGCUAAAAAGGCUUAUAUGCUAUCUCAGCUAUUUUCCUGAUGCCA